AUGGAAGCCCAAAAGUACCAUCAGGAUGAGGCUGUGACGCGGACCGACGACGAUGUUCCAAAUUCUCAAGGAGACGAUUCAUUUGUGGCUCCGCCAACGCUUGGAAUUACUGAGAGUGCUGAGGAGCGUGAAUUUGUUGGAGAAGGCGACGAUUCAUUUGUGGCUCCACCGACGCUGGAAAUCAUUGAGAGCGCCGAGGAGUGUGAAUUCGUAGGAGAGGGCGACGAUUUCCGAUGCAACAGUAUUGGUGCCCGGAUCGUUGUUCAAAUCAGCACAGGGCACCUUUUUCACGCCACCGUCAAACUACCACUUGAUCUUCGCGAUGUCCGCAACCUUGAUUUGGGACUGAUCGACUUGACCUCCGUGGCCCUGGACGACAUCCCUAACAAAUUCGCCUCAUUUCUCGCUGAAGAUUUCAAAUUUGAAGUGGAGUUGGUGAAGAUAAUUCUGAUUCGUUGCGAAACUUUGUGGCCAGAAUAUUCACCUUCGCUCACCAUCGCCCCCGAGCAGAUGUGGGAGUAUUGCUACAUCAAACGCUCAAGCCUGCUUGAUUAUGAAGCCGAUGAGGAGAACAACAAAAAGUUCAAGGAACUCGUCCUGGCAGAAGCAAACACCUGCGAGAUCUUGCGCGAGAAUCCUCACCGAAAUAUUGCCAAGUACUGGGGGUGUGAAGUUGUCGACGGGACGAUCCGUGGACUUUGUUUCGGCCGAUACACCGUCACACUGGGCAACCGUCUGGACACAGGCGUUCCUCUCGAUACACGGGCCUGCCUGCAAGGUAUCAGAGCUGGUGUUGCGCACUUGCACAGCCUGGGUCUUGCCCACAACGACAUCAAUCCAUACAAUAUCAUGAUGGAUCCCAGUGAUAACCCCGUUAUCAUCGAUUUCGAUUCAUGUACUCGUGAAGGAGAGGGGCUUCUCAAGUUUGGAACUCCGGACUGGUUCCCUGAAGGUGCUCGGAUAGGGUCUCGACAGAAUGACUUUUAUGCGCUUAGGAAGAUGGACGAAUAUUUAUCUGUACGGCGGGCGGAGUGGAGUUAG